AUGUCUGUUUUUCCGCCCAAACUUGGCGGAUAUCCGGGUAUCCCCGGUGCCAAGGGAGGCAACACCGCCGGGAGGAAUCCCUCCCGGCGAGGUGGAACACAAUCCAGCUCUCCGGGAGGGAUUCCUCCCGACGAGCUGGUGUACAUACCAGCUCGUCGGGAGAAACCCCUCCCGGCGACCUCGAUUGGGACCUAUUUUGGCACCUUAGGACACGUCUUUGACAAGACAAACACCACAGCAGCUGCCAUCUCGGCAAUUGUUGUCACUAACUUCAUCCUCAUUGGCUACAUCUUCGCCGCCCUCUCCGAACCCGACGACAAGAAGAACAACGAUACCAUUACCGACCUGCAGAAGAAGAAGAAGAAAGACUCCUGA